AUGGUUGCUUUGAAGAACCUCGCCAUAAUCAGCCUGGCCUCAUCCUCCGUGGCUCGUCCUGCACCAGCAGUUCCGGCUCAAGAUGUCUCCGGCGAAGACCCCCUUGAGAUCUACACUUCACCUCCGAUCGUGGACUCUGAGGAGCUGGGCGACGCUGCGAAGCGUCAGCUCUCACUCGAGGGCUUGAAGGAGUUAUCCUAUAAGCCCGUUGUUCACGAGCGCGACCUUACGGACGAAGAGAAGCGCCAGCUCUCACUCGAGGGUCUGAAGGAACUAUCAUACAAGCCUGUUGUCCACGAGCGCGACCUUACAGACGAAGAGAAGCGCCAGCUCUCACUCGAGGGCCUGAAGGAACUAUCAUACAAGCCCGUUGUCCACGAGCGCGACCUUACAGACGAAGAAAAGCGUCAACUCUCGCUCGAAGGCUUGAAGGAGCUCUCGCACAAACCGGUGGUCAUCGGACGCGACCUGUCAGAGCAGGAAAAGCGCCAGUUCUCGUCUUCACGUCCGAUCACCGUCUACGCCGGCAUGCCACCAGUUUGA